AUGGUGGUUGAGAACAAGAUCUUGCCCUUGAGAGGUCCAAGAGGUGUCCCUACCCCAGGGCAUUUACUUUUUGCUGACAAGGUGUUUAUUUUUAUUAAUGGUUCUCUCAGCCUCUCAGGGAGGGUUACUAGGGAUAGAAUGAUGCCUUUGGUCGAUAAAUUCAAGCUUCGCCUCUCAAGCUGGAAAGGAAAGCUCUUAUCUUUCGCAGGGAGAGUUGAGCUUGUGUGCUCGAUGAUGUUGAGUAUUUCCGUUCACAACUUCUCUGUAUAUUGGUGGCCUGCUUCUUUAGUGUUGAUGAUGGAGAGAUGGGUCUGCAACUUUAUUUGGUCAGAAGAUAUUGAGGCUAGGAGGGUUCUAUCGGUCAAGUGGGAUUCGGCGUGCAAGCCGAAGUCUGAAGGUGGUUUGGGUAUUCAUCAGCUUCGUGAUCUGAACGUGGCGCUGCUAUGUAAAUUGGUUCGGUUGAUUAAGCAUGAUGAUUAUUUGCAGCAAAGGUGUGUCAUCAGCAAUGGCAACUCUGUUAAAAUUUGGAGUGAUUGUUGGUUGGGCAGUGAGUCAAUUGUGGUUGCUUCGGAGCUUGGCCUUGAUUGGUUUGUGGAUAAAUCCUCAUUAGUUGCUGAUUUCAUCUCUAGGUCCUCUUGGUCUCUUUUACAGGCAGCUUUGGAUGGAUUUGCAGGCCUUCCUCCAUUCAAUUUCUUGGAAGAUCCCUCACUAUUUUUGGGAAGCUAA